CGGCCCAGAAGUGGUGGCCGCCACGAUUCACGUCGUCACCCCUUCUCCCCAUAUGUACUCACUGGGGUCUUCUUCUAAACAUCCGCGGUCCGCUUCAACAGUACGCCAACGUGCGCCCUGUGCGAAGCUUCCCCGAUGUCAAGUGGGAUAGGAUGCUGGUGGAUGCAGUGUGUUCUGAGAUUGAUACUAUUGCUGGGAGUGACGUUGGGGUUUGAUAGAGAAAGAUUCGGAAGAAUUCGAUCCGAUAUAUAAGUAAGCCUACUUUAGCUUCAACUUUGACCUCACAUCGUCGUCCCACUCUUUCCAACUUCUCCCAAUAUGACCUAUAGUUGAAAUGGUUAAAAUGGCAACCCCUGAAAUUGGCUCUCUUACAGCUCACUCACCCCAAGAAAGCCAGUUUGUCGGCUCCUCCAGCGGGGUUUUCUUUAUCAAUACUGUGCGCCAGGCGUUUUUCUCCUCGUCUGGGGAAUUUCCUCCCCCCGAGGAUACACUGGUCGGGAGUGAAUCCACGCCUCAUCCAUACGCUCAGGAAGAGACGCCUGUGUCGCAAUGGCAAUAUGAUCCCACCGUGGCCGGUGUUUUGGGCCAUGCACCGCCGCAGAGUCUGGCCCGCGACCUGAUGAUGGUUUACUUCAAAGUCUGGCAUCCGCUGUUUCCAUUUCUCCAUGGACCGACGUUCCUGAAUGCCAUGGAGUUGCUCUACUCGCAGGACCAGACGCAGACAGCCCCGCGAAGCUCGCUCGCACACAACACUCCCUGGACCACCAUCUUCCAGUGCGUCUUCCACCUGGCGACGCUCGUGCGACCUGAUCUCCAACUGCCCCCGGAAUGCCGCAUCCAACCCCCACUUAGCGCCAGCAUGCAUUCCCUUCUAUGCCCCCUGACUGCGCGCCACAAUCUGCUCACCCUCCAGGCGCUGCUUGCCUCGCAGCUUUACCUGGUGGCGACCAUGUCCCUGCGCACAGCUUCCACAGUAGGCGGCUGCAUGCUGCGCUCCAUGCUCCACGCCGGCCUGCACCGGUGUCCAUUCCGAUAUCGUGAGCUCUCUACCUCGUCGCAACACCGACACCUCCGCAAGCGCAUCUUCUGGUCUGCGUAUGCGCUCGAUCGCUAUCUCAGUCAAGCAUUGGGUCUUCCAUUAGGCAUCCAGGACUCUGAUAUCGACGUGUGCGCCCCUGGAUGCCCGGAACUACAUCGUCCACUCCAGCAUACCCCAUCGCGACACCACCAGGUUCAAGCAACCUUCACUUCUGCAUCACAACCAACAACGCCAUCGGCUUAUUCUGUUGCUGCUUCCGAACACGACAAGGAAAAGGAGAAAGAAAAAAGAGAACUCCCGUUCGCAAGCUACGUCCAAUCCGGCAAAAUCACAGGCGAAGCCCUCGAACUCUUCCACAAAACCAUCUUUGCGCGCUCAAUCUCCCAAACCUCCGUUCUUGUGUUGACUACGUCUGUCCAUAAAUGGUGGAAUAGUCUGGACCUCCCUCCUCCUCCGCCUCCUUCCCUCCAACCCACCUCCUCCCCACGGCCCUCUGCACUAAGAACUAUUGAUAAAAGCGCCAGCAGCAGAAACAGCAAUAUAGAAACCGACCCCCCAUUCAACUACACCCCCUUCUUCACAAUCCUCUACCAACACCUCAUCCUCCUAAUCAACCGCCCCUCACUGUCCCUCCCACCCAACACCCCCGAAUUCGCGUCUUCCCUGCAAUCCUGCAUCUCCGCCGCAAGGCAUAUCCUUCUCGCUCUCAAGGCCCAACGAGACGCAGGCCAAGCACUAUUCUGGCCCGGAUUUUUGUCUGCAGCAUGGAUGGCGGGGCUCGUCUUAGCAUUUGCGUGCCAACUAGGACAAUACGUGCUUGAACGUGGCUGUCUGUAUGUUCUUCCUCCUUCCUCCUUCCUUUCUUCCUCACCCACACCCACAAGAAAAGUAGCAACAACCAAUCAAUCAAUCAACCAAUAUCAUUUCAAAGCUAACACAACACCCACACCCACACACACACACACGUCCAUUCCCUCACUCAAGAGAAAUCUCCUCCUCUCUACACUUCCUCAAAAUCAUGUCGUCGCAAUGGGAACCCGCCAAACACUGCCACACCGCGUUAUCGCUCCUGCUUCGGGCGGUUUCAAGACUCGACCCGGACUCUGCUGCUGCUGCUGCUGCUUCUUCGAAUUUCCCCAAUGCCACCACCACCACCACCACUACAAGCAUCAACUCCACUGCCACCAAUGCUCAGAACAGGGACACCCCUGCAGGUAUAAAUGCGGGAGAAGAUUCCUCCCCCCCGGCCUCAUCUUCUUCUGCCUCUGCUGCUUCCUCUGGCGCUCGCAAACGGCGAAAGCUGAAUGCUGGCGCUUCGGAGUCUCUUCCCCCCAGGCAAAGAACCUCCUCGGAGCGGCUGAGUGAAUAUGGCGCCGGGGGUGUGGGGUUGGGGAUCCAGGGGAAUUCUCUACCUGGGAACCCGAACGGGACCGGUCCACUGGAUGAUGGCUGGAGCCAGAGUCAGAGUCAGGCAUUGGAAUUGGAUAUCGAUCUGGUAGAUUUACUACAAGAAGCGAAUUUUGACAGUUUGAUGGAUCUGUUUGGACAUCAGUAUCCUACGUUUUAACAAUUCACUACUAGUGCUACCGUAUGUUACAUAUAUUACUGGAUAGGCUAGAUGAAAGCUACGAAUGAAAAAAGGCAUCCGCGAGGAAGUCAUAAGUCUAUAUU